CGGACAUGAAAAGGAAGGAGCCCGGAGCGGAGCCGCACACUCGCGCUCCUGGGGGUCGGAAUCGGCGCGGCGCCGCGAACCUCCAGCGGCUGUGAGCGCGGGAGCGGUCAUCUCGGGCUGACCUCUAGUGACCGCCGCGGGACGCGAGCAGCACCGAUGAGCUCCUACUUUGCGAACCCGUUCUACCCCCCCCAGUACCCCGCCGGGGACACCACGGUGCCCAGCCUAGUGUGCGACCCCUGGCUGUUUCCGCAGGAGGUCCCCAGCAGCAGCAGACACGCGCUGGUCUUCGACGGCGCUGCGGGCUUCCAGCCGGCCGGACGCGGACCGACGCGGGAGUCCUUCUACCAGGGGGGUCCCGGGUUCCAGAACGACCCCCGCGGGACUGCGCGCCACGGAGAGCCCCCGAGAGCGCACGGACACGAGCGUUUCCAGAGACAGGCGGCGGGGGCGAGCGCACAGGAGGCCGAGGCGAGGCAGCAGCUGGGCUGCAAAGCCGAAGAGAGGCAGGAGAGCUUCAGUCAUCAUCGCAGCUUCGCUCAUCAUCGCAGCUUCGCUCAUCACAGCCCGUCGCCCUGCCACGUGUUCCCGUGGAUGAGACUCCAAGCAGCUCCGGGCAGAAGAAGAGGCAGACAGACGUACAGCCGCUUCCAGACGCUCGAGCUGGAGAAGGAGUUCCUCUUUAACCCCUACCUGACCAGAAAGAGGAGGAUCGAGGUGUCGCACGCGCUCGCGCUCACCGAGCGACAGGUGAAGAUCUGGUUUCAGAACCGGAGGAUGAAGUGGAAGAAGGAGAACAACAAAGACAAGUUUCCGUCGGCGCGCGGGGACGCGGAGGAGCUGAAAGCGGCGCCAGGUAGCGGCGGGACUGGGGGGGCGAGCCGCUCCACCGGUGAUCAUGAUGGGCCACCUGUCACUGUGGAGUGAUGGAAUGAAGGAGUGACGGAGUGAAGGAGUGAAGGAAGUGACGGAGUGAAGGGGUGACGGAAUGACGGGGUGAAAGAGUGACGGAAUGAUGGGGUGAAAGAGUAAAGGGGUGACGGAAUGACGGAGUGAAAGAAGUGACGGAGUGAAGGGGUGACGGAAUGACGGGGUGAAAGAGUGAAGGGGUGACGGAAUGAAGGAAGUAACGGAAUGACGGAGUGAAGGAAGUGACGGAAUGAAAGAGUGAAGGAAUGAC